CCGGUUGCUGGUGGGUUGUUUUCCUCCUUGGCUUUCAGAGGCCCGGGAGGGCUAGAGAGCUGCAGGAGCUGAAGGAGGAUGCUUGGUGUUCCCUCUGCCCAAUGCCCUCUGGUCUCCUUUGCCCUGCUCUUGACCUCCGGGGCGCGCGCCGCGUCGCCACGGAAACGCUGGGCAGGCGCGGCGGCGCGCAAGGCGCGCUCUCAGCUCCCGGUAGAAGUGGCGGCAUCUCCUGCUCCCGCGCGCCCUGGCGGCCCGGAGCCGCGCUCGUUGGGCUCCCAUCCCGGGUCCCCGGCGGCGCGAAAGGCAAGAUGUUGAGACGCAAUCUGGAUGACCGAGAUGCUCAAACAAAACAACUGCAGGAUGCUGUCACAAAUGUGGAGAAGCAUUUUGGAGAGCUUUGCCAAAUCUUUGCUGCUUAUGUACGGAAAACUGCCAGGCUUCGAGACAAAGCCGACCUCCUGGUGAAUGAAAUCAACAUGUAUGCUUCUACCGAGACCCCGAAUUUAAAGCAGGGUCUGAAAGACUUUGCCGAUGAGUUUGCCAAACUUCAAGAUUACCGCCAGGCAGAGGUUGAAAGACUUGAAGCCAAAGUAGUUGAACCUUUGAAAGCUUAUGGGACCAUUGUAAAGAUGAAACGAGAUGAUCUCAAAGCAACGUUAACAGCAAGGAAUCGAGAAGCCAAACAGCUAUCUCAGUUAGAAAGGACACGCCAACGAAACCCAUCUGAUCGACAUGUAAUUUCGCAGGCUGAAACUGAAUUACAGAGAGCCACAAUUGAUGCUACCCGCACAAGUCGUCAUUUGGAGGAAACUAUUGACAAUUUUGAAAAGCAGAAAAUAAAGGACAUAAAGAACAUAUUAUCUGAGUUUAUCACAAUUGAAAUGUUAUUUCAUGGCAAAGCUUUAGAGGUCUUCACUGCUGCCUACCAAAAUAUACAAAAAAUUGAUGAGGAUGAAGACCUAGAGGUUUUCCGAAAUUCUCUGUAUCUAUCAGAUUAUCCAUCUCGUUUAGAUAUUGUAAGAGCAAAUUCAAAGUCACCUCUUCAGAGAUCAUUGUCAACUAAGUGCACAUCUGGAACUGGACAGAUAGCCACCUGUCGAACAAGGAAGGAUCAACAAGUAGAAGAUGAAGAUGAUGAAGAAUUAGAUGUUACAGAAGAUGAAAACUAACUUCAAAAAGAAUUCACAUUUCUGUUUUCAUGUCACAUGACUGGAAAUGUAGGAUCACUUUAUACUCACUUGACAGGUUAAAUUAUAAAAUGAAAUGCUACUAUGAAAUGAGGGAGGGGGUGGUUAAGGAAAUUAUGCUAAGGAAAAAAUGAAGAUUUUUUUUUCCUGAAGUGCAUACCGUCUUUCUUUCAACAUCAUUUCUAUGGUAGGGUAUAAUAUUACUGCACAUAUUCUAUUAAAAGAUUGUAUAUUUUGAAGCAUUUCAAAUUUAAUGCACUAUAAAUGUGUAUGACAAACAGACACACACAUACCUGAUAAAGGUGCAAAUGGUGAGUAACAAGAUUUAAUAAUUCCUUAUAGUUUCCUUUAGGAUAAAAUUCAAGGUUUUGAUUACCAGAAGAGGUCCGUCAAUAAUCCUAUGCCCUAGUACCUUAAGUAAAAACACUGCUUCUUUUACUUUUAUUAUAACCUUAUGUUUCAAGAUCUGGCAUGAAAAUUUAGUGUUUUCACCUAAACUUUAACACAAUCAAGGUAUGAGAUACUAACAACAGGGUUUAUAAAUGUACAAAUAAAUGAAUACUUCCUAAUUUUCACAGGCAACAUGCAACCUUUCUUGUUUUAAAACAAAACUGCUCUCACUCUAAGGUUCUGCACAUUCCACUUGUGUAAGUUAUUAGUUAUUAGAAGGCAAGUCAUUCGUUACAAAUGUUGCCUCUUUGCAGAAUGCCAGAAAGUAUACCACACUCUGUGUUACCAAGCCACCACUGUCAACAUGUACAUACUUUAUUCCUAAAGCUACAAAACUUUUCUUGUAUCUUACCAUUUCCUUUUGGUAAGGAAUUAGGAUUUUAUGAUUCUCAAAGCAAUUAUCAAAACAGAAAAGUUUGUUUUCAACAAAGUAUUACUUCCUGAGAAUACUUGUUAAACUACUUUGGUACUUUCUAAGAUGAAAUGCUCAGAAUGCUUUAAAGCCUCUAGGUAGGUAUUAAGGAAGUCAGGGUGUAACUGAACUUCUAUAUUCUCUUGGUCAGUAUUCAAAUUGGAUGUUAGGAGAACACAGCUAUGGUAUUUCAUCAGAUUAUUUAUUUCAACAAAUAGCAACCUCUCUCAAGCAUCAACUGACUCAUCUAUCAAGGUAAUAUCUAAUGCAGCAAACAAUUCUAGGCAGUCCCUGUCCUGCACAGAAUGUCCUAAGAACCAGUGUGGUUAUACUAGCCUGUUCUCCCACUACUUGGAAGCCAAAAGCAGGAGGAUCAGUUGUCAUCUUCGGCUUCAGUGAGUUCAGGACCAACCUUGUCUACAUGAGACUGUCAAAACACAAAGAAGAUGAACAUUUAAGAUUCCUUAUAUAAACAUGUUUAUAAAAAUAAAAGGAAUAUUAUUUCUCACAUGUUGAGGGCAGUGAGGAAAAUAAAGCCAUUAUACGACUACUUACACAACGAGUUACAGUGUAACUACAUCCAAGAAUGUGAAAACUGGGCUGGUAGUUAGCACUAAUAUAAAAUGCAUGGUGAGAGCCUAGUAUUCGUUUCCAGCACCCCCUGACUCCUUAAGACAGGUAAACCCCAAUAUGUUAAAAAGCCUAUUCUUUUACAUCUCUAAUAAAAAUUAAGAUUAUCAGAUUGAUAAUUAUGAACAUCAGCAGCUAAUAUAUAAUGUAAAAAUAAAGUGACAAGGUCACUGCUUAAUAGGUAAUAAGGAUCAAAAGUCACUGCUUUUUAAUAAUAUUCUCAGUUGCUUAGGUGGAUGAAGACUUCUAGGAUGGUUUAUAUACACUACAGGAUUAAGUUUUACUUCCUACAUAUGUUUUAAUAUUUUGAUCAGAAAAAAAGUGUAACUUGAAUGCAAACUGACAUUGGGUGUCUUGUUAAAAAGAAUACACUCCCAGUAUACCUACUAUCAGUAGACAGAAAACUGGUCAUGAAAUUGCUGAGGCUGGGUAAUAAAAACAUGAAGCUUUGGGACUAUUCUCCAAACUGUGUCUGAAACAGCUGUGUUCAGUUCCCAAGAGUUGACAAACGAGGAGAAUACUGUGCCUUGCUCCAUUUACUAAGUCCCAUGGUAAAAAUAUUACCUACUAUCGUGGCCAAGUGAAGUUAAAUCAACAUGUUACUCAAGGCAGUAUUAGAGAAAGGGAUGUGCAAUUAUAGUUCCCCUUCUACUAUUUAGGAAACAAGUUUUCUAUAAUAAAUUUUUAUAAUGAUGUUUACAAAAUAAUAAGCCUGAAGCUGACGGAGAUGGCUCAGUCAGUAAAGUGUUUACUGCACUACCACAAGAACCUGAAAGCAUUUAGGAAGCAAAUACAGGAAGAGCCUGGGGAUCUGCUGGCCAGUCCAUCCAGCAAAUUGGUGAACUCCAGUUUCAGUGAGAGACCUUGCCUCAAAAAAGUGAAAAGUAUUUGACCAAGACACCACCUUCAAAUUCUAGCCUCCAUACAAACACACCAGUACAUGUAUAGUAAGCCUGACAACUGAGAAAAGAAAACACCCACAGUACUUAUUUCAAAUCAAGGCAUGGGACUGAAGAGAUGGUCCAGCAGCUGGGAGCACAAACUGCUGUGUAAGGUUCACUUCCCAGCAUGCCCAAGGUGGCUCCCAACUGUCUGUAGAUCCAGUUUCAGGGAAUCUGAUGAAUUCUUCUUAGCUCCACAGACACAAGGUUCACAAACAAACAUGCAAAUCACUCACACAUAAAUGACAUUAAGUAAACAAAAAUCAAGACACAGUGCUGCCUUUACCUGCUGUUCUCUACCCACCAUUACCAGCCCAGCACAGCCCAUUUUGAGAAGCAAUUAUAUGUUCAAUAAUCUUUCACUUUAAGCUUUAUCUCAGUUGUCUCACUGUGUGUGGCUUAGGCAUUCCAAGUGAUUCAUUCUACCUGUAAAAGCCUACUAGCUUGAAGAUUAUGUCUUUUUUUUUUUUUCAACAAAAUUUACUGCUUUAUUCUGUAAGUAGGAUAUUUACUAGUAAAAACAAACUUACGCAGGC